AUGGCGGAUAUUCAGCAAUUGCUCUCAGUCCUCGACGUCUUUGGCCGGGCGCCUGACCGCGAGGCACUUGAAAAGGCGAACGCGUGGCUGCAGGACUUCCAGCACUCUGCCGACGCCUGGAACUCGUGCAGCGUCCUUCUCAGCUCCCCUGACGCGCCUCCAGCCGCCAAAGUAUUUGCCGCGCAGACGUUUAGGACAAAGAUCACCUAUGAUCUUAACCAAGUUGCUCCAAAUGAAAUAUUCGCCCUGCGCGAUACCCUACUCGCGGCGCUCCAGGCCUACAAGAACGGUCCACGCUCGAUCAUCGUCCAGCUUAGUCUUGCGCUCGCCGGGUUGGCCGUGCAGCUCCCCACCUGGGGCAACGCCGUGCAGAUGAUGAUCGAGCAUUUUGGGCAGAACCCGGACACGGUGCCGCUUUUGUUAGAGUUCUUGACUGUGUUACCCGAGGAGAUAAACAACUAUAGGAUCCCAAUCACCGAUGACGAGUAUCGGGAGCGCGUGCCACAGCUCCUCACGGAAAAUGUGCCUCAGAUCCUCAACCUCCUGGCAGUGUACAUUCAGGCCCAAGGCGUCACUAUGGUUGUCCAGAACCAGGUGUUCCGCUGCUUGCGCGCCUGGCUCACCGCAGGAGAGAUCUCUGCCUCAGCACUCGUCGCCACACCUCUCUUCGACUUUGUCUGGGAAGCACUAGCGUCCGAGGAGCUUUUUGAUGCGGCUGUAGAGGUUGCGUGCGACGUGAUUCAUGAGACGCAGGAGGUGGACGACAAUAUGCCCGUCAUCGAGCGUAUCAUGCCACAUGUGAUCGCCCUCCGCCCUGCGCUCGUACAGCACAAAGAGGACCCAGAGCGCGUGCGAGGCUACGCUCGCGUCUUUGCCGAGGCAGGCGAAUGCUACCGUUCCCUCAUACUGCACCACACGCAAGCUUUCUUCCCGCUCGUCGAAGCCAUCCUCGAAUGCGCGUCGUACCCCGACCUUGAUAUUGUGCCGAUCACCUUCCCUUUCUGGGAACGGCUCGCGCACAUCAUCGGCAAGCGCACGGAUACAGCAGUCGACCCGCUCUUCCGUAGCGCAUACACUACGCUUAUGCGCAUCGUCAUCAGCCACCUGCACUUCCCGGCCGACGGAACAACGCUCACCGGCCAAGCGCUCGACGACUUCCGUAACUUUAGGCAUGUCAUGGGCGACACGCUCAAGGACUGCUGUCUGGUGCUUGGUGUCGAGCCCUGUCUGUCCGCCGCACUCGAUAUGGUCGGCGCUGCGCUUGGAAAGGGGGCUCAGGCGGCGUGGCAGGAGGUUGAGGCGCCCUUGUUCGCUAUGCGUUCCAUGGGCGCCGAGCUUGAUCCCACGGAGGAGAGCGCGGUACCGAGGAUCAUGGAGAUUAUACCACUGCUACCGAACCAUCAACGGGUGCGCUAUGCAGCGCUGCUACUGCUGUCGAGGUACACGCGUUGGAUCAAUUCGCACCCGCAAUUUGUACAGCCGACGUUGCAAUAUAUAUCGUCUGGACUGGAGGCGAAGGAUCUGGACGUCUGUGCUGCGGCUGGACAUGCGAUGCGCUACCUAUGCGAGGACUGCAAGCGACAUCUUGUGGCAUUCCUGCCACAGUUGCAUGCGUUCAUGACUACGCUUGGGCCGCGGCUUGAUCAGGAGGAUAGGAAGGUCGUCUACGAGGCCAUCGCGCAUGUCAUCUCUGCUAUGCCCAUGGAGCAGGCCGCGCAGUCUUUACGAACCUUCGCAUUGGAGCUCCUCGGCAACGUCCACCAGCUGACCUCGUCGACGAAGACUGUGACGAGGCCGGAGCUCACGGCCGUCUGCGACAGCCUGACGAACCUUGAGGUUAUGAUCUACACCGUUGGUCCCUUCGGCGAGUCUCUGCCAGAAGCAUGUGCGGGGACUUGUGAAGAGGCUUGGGCAGUCCUCGACGCGUUCAUCCUCAAGUACGGGAACGAGGCUGACCCGGCCGAGGUCGUGACGCGAGUCCUGCGGCAGGGAACGCUACUCUUCGGAAACGCGGGCCUUGGUGUGGCUCCCGCCGUUGUCGCGCGCAUGGCCGCUGCAUUCGAGGCGACUGGGCUUGCGAGCUACCUCUGGAUCAGCGGGAAGUUGCUGCAGGCCUACGGGAAUGAGGAGGCGCCUGCUUUGCGCCCUGCCUUCCGCGAUGCGUUUGAGAGGCUCACCAAGAAGAUGUCGCUCAUGCUGACGGAGACCCAGCCCGCUCUCAUGCCCGACGUGCUUGACGACUUUGUGCGCAUGUUCAUACAAUGGAUCGAAUACGCACCGGACGUGACGUUCGAAUCACCUGCAUUCUUGUUCGCUUUCCGGAGCACACUGGCGGCGCUCACCCUUCUGCCCUCCGACAUCAUCGUUGCAGCGCUCGACUUCCUCGUCAUGCUCUUCGAGCACGAUUGUCUGUCUCCUCCCGACGCGUUGAACCCGCCUCCGCCGAAAUAUCCCGGCUACGCUCGCGCGAUCAACGCAGUCCUGGAGACGGAGGGCGCGAACCUCGUCUUGCUGCUUCUCCAGGGUGUCACAGGUGAUUUCCCUGAGGACACGAGCGGCAUGACGAUCGCCAUAUUCAGGCGGCUUGCGGCGAUAUGGCCCCAGCAUCUACUGCAGUGGUUGCCGCCGGCAUUGCAGGGACUACCUACUGCCACGACGCCGGACGACACAAAGACACGGUUCUUGAACGACGUGACCGACGCCAUCAAUCAGGGUCAUCCGGACAAGGUCAAGUAUGCGAUUUUGGGUAUACAUCGUACGUCGCGCAAGCAGCGGGACAGGCGCCGGAUCGGACCUGGUGAUAUCGCUCGUUGA